UACCUCUGCUGACAAUGUAGGGGGAAUGCAAGGUUCAUUUUGUGCAAAUACAGUUCAGGAGGAAGCAGGUUUGAAGAAGGGAGUAGAGAAUUUGGUUACAUCUUUUACUAUGGAUUCUGUUUGGCAGGGGUGUAAUCUCCCCUCUGACAAAGAGUUUCAGCAGGCGGUUAAAGUUGACCACCUUCCCUCCAAUAACUCUUUUGAAGCUCUAGCUUCUCUGACUCAGUUUGAGGGGUUUUCAAUGCGAUUGUGGAUAGUACAGAAUCUUCUAACUUUGGAGGAUUGGGUGAGAGUGCUGAGCAGUUUAAAGCUUGGAUUGAAGACUUGCAGUUUAUUGAUCAUGCAGCUCUAGGGCCUUGGUUCACAUGGUCUAACAAGCAAGUGGCAAACCCUAUAGCAAAGCGUUUAGAAUUUAGAUAGAGUGCUAGUCUCAGAAGGAUGGGUGGAAAACUUUCCUAGAAGUUCAAUCGAGGUUCUUCUUCCUGGGCUUUCAGAUCACUGUGGGUUACUCAUUAGUGAAGACUCAAAGACUAAAACUUUGCCUCGUCCUUUCAAAUAUUUCAGUUUCUGGAAGCCUCACUCACAAUAUGACAGUUUAGUAAAUGAAGG